UGGAAGAUAUUUUUCCUGCACUAAGCUUUGUAUGGAAAUGCCUUAUUCCAAUUGCCAAGGGGCUUGUGCAGAAACAGGACUCCCAAUCGAAUGAGGCUACAGGAAUAUUCUGGAUAGUUAAUCCCAGGAGAACAUUUUAUUCUUCUGUUUCAUCACCAGAGUACAUUCAAUUUGCAUAUCCUAAUAAGCAAAAGUAACUAGUCAACAUGGUCAACGGCAGGGUACCAUCUGUUUUUAGUAAAACCUACGUUACUCCACGUAGGCCUUAUGAGAAGGCUCGUUUGGAUCAGGAGUUAAAGGUCAUUGGUGAAUAUGGACUUAGAAACAAGCGUGAAGUAUGGCGUGUAAAAUACACUUUGGCAAAAAUCCGAAAAGCUGCUCGAGAGCUGCUAACCCUGGAGGACAAGGAUCCCAAACGUCUUUUUGAAGGAAAUGCAUUGCUGCGGCGCUUAGUACGGAUUGGUGUGUUGGAUGAAAGCCGUAUGAAGCUUGAUUACGUGUUGGGUCUUAAAAUUGAAGAUUUCUUGGAGCGUCGUUUGCAGACCCAAGUGUUCAAGUUGGGUCUUGCCAAAUCUAUCCAUCACGCUCGUGUCUUAAUUCGCCAAAGGCAUAUCAGGUUGCUGCCCACUUAAAAUUUCUAACAGGCCACUUGAGUUGAGGCUCUUUGCCAAUUCUCUAUGUCUGCUAAGUUGCGAUGUUUCAUGGAAGUGUGGAAUGCAAAUCUCAAGGGAAUUCAUUCAGACCACUUAAGAAUCUUAAGGGUUCUUAACGUCUGUUGCUAACAAGUUAUGGACUGCACAAGGUAGUGAAAUCACGUUUAGUUGGUAUUGAAGGGGUGAUUUUUUUAAAUUUUUUUUUAAUAGAUAAUAUUUGUAGAUAGUACUCCUUAAUUGUUCACGUUAAAUGCAAAUUGAGAAAGAAUUUGAAGUUGGGUUCCAUAUGAUGUUAUAUUCUGACACCUCUUGGCUGAACAUUUGUGAGGAUUAUGCUUCAUGCAUUGACUGAUGGCCCAACCAAUAUAUUAAAUUAUUUAUUUUUUUAUCCUUACUCCAUCUAUGCUUGCAAUGUUUUUGUUAAGAAUUUCUUUCAGAUAAGCAUGUUCAUACGCACAUAUUGGUCUUUUGGUUUUUAUUUCACAAAGAAUGUUAAUGCUUGUGCCUAAACACCCCGCUGAGGGCAUGUAACAUUUGUCCCACCUUUACGAAGAAAUGGCAUGAUGUUUUUCACACAGAGUAGUUAUGUAUUGUGCUCCAUUUGUUUUGUGAUUUACAACUAAUAUUCAAAAUUCUCAAUGGUGCAAAAUAAUAAGGUACACUAAAACUAUAUUUCAGGGAAAAUUGUUCCUUAUACUCUACAAAUUCCCUACUUACUUUCAUCUGUGUUAACAAGUAGGGUAAUAACAUCUUAGUUUAGAAAAGGCUUCAGUUUCUUAUAAUUUUAAACAUCUUCAUUAGCACUAAUUUUUAACAUUCAUGCAAAAUUUAUGCAAGUUUUAAAUCAAUUAAGUGGCAUUAUUUGUGGUUGGUGAAUAGUUCUGCUAGAGUUGUGCCACACAGUAUCAGACAAGUUUAACUGUAGGUGAUUAUUUAGUAUUGAAAAUAAUUAGUAAUCAAUCGACUGAAAUUAUUGAAACAUUAGGGAGUUUCUGCACCCUCAAACAUUAUAGCAAUUCAAGCAUUAUCGAUCUCCUGCACAUGUGCAGUUAGAUUUGCAUCACUUUUGUCAUAAGUAGAAGCUUGAGAUAGCAGUCAAUUGCUGCUCACUAGUGCGUGCAAAAACUCUAUUAAAACACCAUUUGUCUUGGUGGCACGAAUUUGCAUGGUGAUGGUAACAAAACAAUAAAUAGAAUGCUUUUGAACAUUUCUUAAAAUACCAUUAACAUAAGUAGUGCUGGAUGCUCUGACUAAAACUUAUGAAAAGAAAAUUGACAGGGUGCUGCUGUCUGGGAUUUUUGUGAGAUACAUGUGCCACAUCUAAUAUCAGGGUUACUAAUAGACCCUUGAUGUUAGAUGUAGAUAAUAGGUGACUGUUCUCAUGUGUCAGAGUACUUUUGCUUUCAGGGAUUGAGUUUAAAAUUGAAUUCAUGAAUUAUUUGCUAUUGUUAAUAAUUGAAAACUAUUAUCUCCAUCUAUAUAUCAGUUAAUUUAUUUGAAAAUGCAAUAGGUUAGGUAGUCCAAUACAUGUUUACAAAAACUAUUAAUUUUAGAAGGUUCAGUACUGGCUUUGCAUUAAAUAGACUAAAUGGUAAUGAUGGGUAUAAAAUUAAGAGACAUGAUACAAAAUAAAAUUAAAUCAUUAUUGCAAGAUAAAAUAAUUUUACAUUUGUCCUUUCUAAGGUAAGGUAUUGUAAUCUUGCAUGAGAAAACAGUGAAAGUUGGAAUUUUGAUGUGAUGGAGCUCAGGAUGUGAAGGAAGUGAUAAACAUCCAGUUGGCAGACGUCAAAUUUACUUUUGACAAGUUCUUUUAUUUUUAGAGAGUAGUGUUAUAUUGAAUGCUGUGAUAACUAUAAACUGGCCUUUAAUAUCAAAUUGGGUCCCAUAUGAUGCCUACAUCUGACACCUCUUGUCUGAGCUCUAUGAGGAUGUGUGCUCUAUGCACGGUGACUGAUGACCCUACCACCCAAUAUUGUGUACCAGCUGCAUUAUUUCUAAUUAAAAUAUUCUCGUUUACAGGGUACGCAAACAAGUUGUGAACAUCCCCAGUUUCAUUGUGCGGUUGGAUUCACAAA